CUAUUUACACUCUUCUUACGCGCGACUGACCCGCGAUGGAGGGGAGACCUUAUCGGGCUCCCCAGUCGCUCGGCCUGAACGCAACACUGACUUCGUCAGUCUCUUGAGAUCACGAAGUCAGUAACAGUGCAAAAUGGAUUAUACUUGCUCUUUGUCAUCUGAGUGUUACAAUUUUGCAGAGGCAAACCUAAAUGAGACACCGAAUGAACGUGCUGAUGCUCUGGCUAAAUUGUGCACGUGGAUAGACGAGAACGCAGAACUCAAUGUUGAAAGAGACACGGUGCAUUUGCUGUAUUUCCUACGUGGGGCGAAGUUUAAUAUCGAGAAAGCGAAAGACAAAAUAAAGAGAUUUUAUCGCAUGAGAGCAGAGAGAUCUGAGUGGUUUUCCAACCGGAACCCUUUCCACCCUGAAUUGGAUGAACUCCUGAAAAUCGGCGUGUGCUUUCCCCUAAGAGAACGCGAUGAGCACAACCGCCUUGUUGUAGUGAUUCGAACGGGAGCUCACAAUCCUCGAAAGCAGACCCAAAACGAUGUUCUGAAAAUCUGCAAAAUGCUCAUUGACUUGGCGAUACGUGCAGAUGAGAGCAUCUCGAUCUAUGGAGUGUCUGCGGUAUUAGACAUGACCGGAGUUACGCUAAGUCAUGCUCUGCAGCUCACACCAACGAUCAUAAAACGAACCGUCGAGUGCUGGGAAACAUAUCCCUGCCGUGCUCGUCGCAUGGAAUUCGUCAAUGCUCCAGCUCACGUGCAUGUGAUCCUGAACAUCUUCCGCAGUUUCAUGAGUUCCAAGCUCAAGGAUCGCGUCUACGUCACCAAGGGAUUGCCCAAGAAUAACGAGAACCUUCCGGCCAAUUUGGGCGGACAUGGGCCCAGUUAUCAAGAACUGGCCGUUUAUUGGCGAAAGAAAGCUCAAGAUAGUGCAGACUGGUUCGCUCGAAAUGAGCAAUACAAGAUGACAAUAUAGAGCUCGUGGCAAUUUAUCCGUGUGUUAUCAAUUCUCUCGAGCUCGCAUAUUUCUCACCACGUGCUCGUGCAGCAGAGUCCUCUGGUUGAUCGCCCAAAC